UAAGGGCAUUCUGCAUUACUGAAAGAAGUUGCUCCUCUUUGUGGAGUGACUUAUGAUGUCAAGAACUGUAUCAUCCUGGAUUCUAAGCUCAGCAAGAAACAGCAUCGUCCUACAAGGAAAAGGACGUUUGUACUCCAGAUGCAUUGCAGCUAGAAGCAAGACAAAAUGGAAGCUUGUUUUCUGCGGAACACGCCUCUUCCCUGCUGGAAGCUGGAGCUUAGAUAAUGCUUUCUUCUUGAGAAAAGCCUUCAGACACACUUCCACUGAAGAAGAACAAUUCUCUUUUCAGUUGUCUCCAUCACAAAUCAAUGAGGUACUCAGGGCAGGUGAACUAUCCCAUAAAAUACUGGAUUUGGAUGGUAAAAAUGCUAACUCGGUGUUGAAAUUUGAAAGUAACCAGUUGGCAUCCAACACGCCAAUUGAAGACCGCAGAAGCGCGGCUACUUGCCUGCAGACCAAGGGGAUGAUGUUUGGGGUCUUUGAUGGUCACGCGGGCUCUGCAUGCGCGCAGGCAGUGAGCGAGCGGCUGCUUCACUACAUCGCGGUGUCCCUUCUGUCUCGGCAAGCCUUGGAGGAGAUUGAGCUUGCUGUGGAGAGCAUGAAACCGGUUCUGCCUAUGCUGCAGUUGCACAAGCACCCAAAUGAUGUAGAGUAUCGUGAAAUAACUUCACAGUAUUUUGAGAACCUCCGGGUUUACUGGCAACAUUUGCUGGACCUAGACACAGAGCCAGGAUUUAGUUUAGAAGAAGCCAUGAUAUGUGCAUUCAAAAGGUUAGACUCGGACAUAUCGCUAGAAGUUCAGGCUCCCCAGGAAAAUCAGUUGAUGAGAAAUAUUGCCCUUCAAGUAGCUUUCUCUGGUGCCACAGCCUGUGUGGCUCACAUUGAUGGAGUUCACUUACACGUUGCAAAUGCUGGUGAUUGCAGAGCAAUUUUAGGAGUAUGUGAAGAAGAUGGAACGUGGUCUACUCUUCCUUUAACUCGAGACCACAAUGCCUGUGAUGAAUCUGAAGUUAAAAGACUAAAGAGAGAACACCCAAAAUCUGAGGAGAAAACUCUACUUGUGAAUGACAGAUUACUGGGGAUUCUCAUGCCAUCCAGAGCUUUUGGAGAUGUGCAAUUAAAAUGGAGUAAGGAAUUGCAACAGAGUGUUCUGGAGAAUAGCUGCGAUGCUGAGGCUUUAAAUAUUUAUCAGUAUGUUCCUCCAAACUAUCACACACCCCCUUAUUUAACUGCAGAGCCUGAAGUCACAUACCACAAAUUAAGAGGCAAGGAUAAGUUUCUGGUUAUUGCUUCAGAUGGACUAUGGGAGAUGCUAAGCAACGAGAUGGUUGUAAAGCUUGUUGCUGGACACCUUGCACAGUUUAACAUGCGGAAACCACAACUGGCUUUUGAGAAACCAGUUAACUUGGGUUAUAUGCACAACUUGCUGCUUCAGAGGAAAAACAGAGGCACUGGCUCACUUGACCAGAACACAGCUACUCACUUAAUACGACAUGCAAUUGGAAGUAAUGAGUAUGGAGAGGUGGACCAAGAGAAGCUUGCUGCAAUGCUGGCGCUGCCUGAAGACCUUGCAAGAAUGUACAGAGACGAUAUCACAGUAACUGUGGUGUAUUUUAACUCAGAAACAAUUGAAAGUUAUUACAAAAACAGAGAAUAGAGACUUGCAUUGCUGCAUAUGAAUUUAGUC